UUUUUUUUCCCGUUUAUCUUUGCUAAUUCAACCAUGAUUGCUGAAGCUGCCAAAAAACUACCAUUCCAAGUAUUCCCAUUCAAGCCAAAGACCACCGCCAAGAUCCCCGGCAGUGCUAUUAUUGUCUUGCAAGAGUGGUGGGGUGUUGAUAACCAAAUCAAGGCCCACGCGCAACACCUAGCUGAUAGCACAGGAGCUUUUACAGUCGUUCCGGAUCUAUACAAAGGCAAACUUGGUUUGACAGCCGAGGAAGCAAGCCAUCUCAUGUCCAACUUGGAUUGGCGCACUGCUAUCGGCGAGUUAGCAGAAUUGACCGACCAGCUCUAUGCAGCAAAAUACAGAGAUAUUGGCUCUAUUGGCUUUUGUAUGGGUGGUGGCCUCUCGUUGGCCUUGGCAAGUCGUAUGGCCGAUACAAAGAACCCUCUGAAAGCUGCGGUAACUUGCUACGGUACACCACCAGCAGACAUAUUUGACGUUCGCAACAUCACAACCCUAACUGCAGUUCAAGGUCAUUUUGGAGGCCGUGAUACGAUGGCUGGUUUCUCAGAUCCUACUACUGCUGAUGCAUUGGAGUUCAAUUUGAAAACCCACAAUUUAAAGGACGUUGAGAUUUUCCGCUAUCCGGAACAAGGCCAUGCCUUUUUGAAUGACCUGGAUUGGAAUGUCGAGAAGCGCAAAGAACUAGGUUUUGUAAGCAAGGAUAUUGAUCCAAAGACUGCUGAAUCGGAUGUGCGACGACUUGCUUGGACCAGAAUCAGUAACUUUUUCAUCCAAAAUCUCGGAGGCAAUGCCAGAAUGGAUUAAAAAAAAAGACCCAAGUAGUGUGGAUUGUUUGUGUAUAUACAUUAAGG